UUUAAGUAAAGGAAAUGAAAGGUGCUUUAUGAUCUGCUUUUAAUGCUUCACCUUCUCUCUUUGUCUUUUCUCUUCUUUUCAUUUUCGUUCCUUCCCUAUCACACUCCCUGAAGAGAGCAAAUAAUAGUAACAAAAAAUCCAAAUCAAGAUUCAACAAAGAUCCAAGAAAAUUCUCCAUCUUUUCUCUCAAGAACUUGCUUUUUUGCUCAAGAAAAAUGGCACCAUCCAGCUUAAAUCAUCAAGCAAACAAUGGGCUGCCACUAUGCCUUGCAGGGAUCAUGCGUCCUCUUCCUCUUUCCAAAGAGAUGACAGAUCACAAUGGAAGAAGGGAAGCCAUGAAAAAGCUAAGAGUUCAAAUGGGAGAAAAAUUGAGAAGCCAUGGAAGAGAAUUUAGAGAGAAAAUAAGUGAAGCUGAUGCAGAUCUUACUGCUGCACUUCUUAAUGAUCUCUGUUUGUCUUGUACAGCAAAGGCUGCUUGAUCCUAACUUGGAAGUUGGAUCCAAGCAUUUUAUUUGGUUUUCUUUUAGUUUUUGUCAGGUACUCUUUGGGGAGUUUGUGAUAUAUUUUGGCUUAGAUUUGUGUAAGAACCUCCUAAUGGGAUGUGCAAUUACUCAGGUCAUAUUAUCUGUC